GUGGUACCAUUUCGUCUGACAAGGAAUAUCGUGAACGGAUUCGGCGUAACGGGAGUGGAGGGUGCAUUCCGGCGAUCAUGUGAGACAACAAUGCGCGUGUUACGAGAGAAUGAAGCUGUUCUGCAUACGGUUCUGCAAACGUUUGUGCAUGAUCCUUUGCUGGAGUGGAUGCACAGUGAAGUGAGAGCACAACAAUUGAAACAGGUUUGUUGA